GUAUACGUGGGUUUGUCGGAGCUGUUCUGCAGAUUACACGACGCCGAUAAGAGCGCUAGAUACGCGGCUAGAGCGUACGACUUAUCAAGAAGUUUGCAAUUGGGCGACUUAAACUCUCGACAUCACAGGGCAGCUCUUCUGCAAAUGGCAGCGGCGCUUCGGAAAAAAGGAGAACUCGGCGAUGCCCACGAUUACUGCUCGGUAGGCGAGGCAACACGAUUGUCCCUCGUUUCCGGAGAUCAGGCUAGUUAUGCCAGAAGUAUACGAAUAAUGGGGGAUAUUUAUAGGAAAAAAUCCGAUAUAAAUAAAGCAUUUCGACAGUACGAGAGCGCGAUGGGUUCCGCGGCAGCGACCGGAGACCGACUCUGUCAAAUGGAAGCUAUGGACGGUGCGGCGAGGUGUCUCGAAGCUCUCCGACUCCAGCACAAGAUAUGCAACUGUCGUCCUCUCGAAUUCAACACCAGGCUGCUCGAAGUAGCUGGAUCAUUCCUGGUACGAACGGUGAGAUCGAGGCUCUCGCGAAUUUACGGUUCUCUCGGAGACGAGGAACAGAAGGCUCAUCACGAGAGAUUAGCCAUGGCGAUGGAAGAGGACUUGGAAUUGCGAUGCGGUGGCUGUAACGAGCCAUUCGGCCUCGAGGCCGACUCCUUGGAGGCGCUACCCUGCUCUCACAUACUACAUGCCAGGUGUGCAUACGACAUAUUGAAGAGACGCGACAAGAAGAAGAAACGUCUGUGCCCGGACUGUCACAAGUCCGUUAGUUCACGAUUGUACCUGCAUUGCGAAGAUCCUCACGGCAUAAAUACUUUGAAUCACAGUUCCUUGAGUCUGGCGUCGCUGAGAGCCAGCAGUCUAGCUACGUUGGACGACUGUCACGUCACUAGCAGCAAUAGCGGUUUAGAGGAUGGCCUCGAGUGUCCAUUUGAAGAAGAUGAUCUUGGAGAAGAGGAAGAAUAUGAUGCUCUGAAUGAUGAAACGUUUGGUUCUGAAGCCACUAUUGGCGAUUGGGAGAAGGACCAUGAGAAACUUGCAGAAAUUACAGAAUCCAGCCGUCACCAGAGUACUUUAGACAAAAAAAAUGUAAUUGAUACAAAUAUCGAAGAUAAUUUAUCCCAUUUGGUACUAGAUGAGAAAGAAGGUAUCAUUCCGCGUCCUGGAGUAUGGGAUAGUCCUUCCAAUUUAGCCCUUCCUAAACCCAGACCACCGUUGACUUUACCAUCCACUUUAACCAAUGUUUGUACCGUUGAGCAAUUGGAGAAAGGAUUGAUCGCAAAUAGGGCGCCACCUAAAUUGAACAAACCUAUUCAGACACAGCAGCAGCAACAACAACCAAAAGAUGGAUCGCUUUUGUUUGAAUCUUUGUCUGCAGCACCGCGCUUUCCACCAGGCUUGGGUAUACCACCUCCACAUCCUGUUGUUUUACCACCAAACAUGAGAUUUCCUCAUCCUCAAUUUUUACAACAUCCUAGAUUAUUACCCAAUCAAACUGGAAAUGUACUAAGAUAUCCUAUAGCGGCGCAUUAUGCGAUGUUGCCUCAUACUCCUCAGAGGCAACCAAUUCAUGGUUCGUUUUGCAAUAAUUUUCCUCAACCACCGCUUUCGAACUUAUGUCCUCCUCCAUUUUUACGAGCAGACCAUAGCAUAAUACCUCCUUUCUCUAGCAAUCAAAGUGGUCAUCAGCAGCAGCAACAUUCUUUUUCACAUUCUGGAAAUCAAAGAAAUCAAAAUAGAGCUUUUCAUCAUGGAGAGCAACAAGGAAAUCAUCAACCAUUUUUUAAGAAUAAUCAGUAUCAUCGUAACCAUGAUCGAAAUAAUCAACGGCAUUAUCAUUACAAUCACCACUGUCAAGGAAUAAAUGGUGUAAUAGGUUCGGGUGAACCGUACGAUGACUAUGCCGGUCUCAUGAGUAGUCGAGAAAAACAGUGGUUAAUUAAUAUUCAAUUAUUGCAACUUAACACAAACGAGCCGUAUGUUGAUGAUUACUAUUACAUCGUUUUCUGCGAUAGAAGAAACAGACAAAGUAUAAAUCAAGAACAAAAAGAUAAAAAGCAACACAAUAAUAAUAAUAAUAAUAGUUAUCAUAGAGAUACCAGAGAUCGUGAACAACCACAUCACGUACUUUCAAAAUCCGCAUAUACGCCAACACAGUUUGAGAAUUCUUUGGGAAAAUUACAGUAUGCCAGUGUUAUAGCACCACGUAAAGUUAUUGAUAUGGAUGUUGUACCGAACAGCGAUCCUCAAUUAACUACCCAAAUACAGCAAAAGGAUACAAAACGAACAAGACAAUUAUUACUGGAAAUUGAAAGGUUAUAUAUAAUCCAAUUAAAACUCGAAGAUCUACACAAUCCUUUGGCUCUGCUUAGUGAACAAAACCAACAACAAAACCAAGAAGGAGAAACCGAAGCAAAUAGCCAUAAGAAAAGUAGUUCAGAUUUAAUAAGUAUGAUGUUAUCGGCUUUUCUUCAGUUAAUACACGAUGAUAAAAUAGCAAGCAUGCUAAGUAUUCGGAAAGGGAAGACGCUGUUAUUGAGGUUCUUGCCAUACUUGAAUGUAACGGAACAUCGUAAUCAAUUAGAAGAAUUAUGGAAUGCGAUAUUCCGAGGAUUAGCUAUAAUAGGUCGUAGAGAUUCUCACCUAUUGAUAAGCCUCCAUUCGGAAUUUCAACGUUGGUUCGAUACUGUGCACGAGUUUGGUACGAUGCUCCGACUAGCUCGGUCACUAUCCGACUCCGUUAGUCAACCAAUCAAGAACAACAGUUUAGCUUUUGCUCUGACAAACAAGUUUGGUGUAUCUGUAAUUGCUUCGAUGUUUGAACAAGCUGAAAAAUUAUAUCCCACGGAUGAUUCUUUGUCUUCGGAAUGGUCAUCUUUCAUAGUACACAUCAUCGAAAUAAUUGGUGAAACUCCACCGUGUGUCGCACCUUGUCGACCGAUUGCUGCAAAUACGCUCAAUCAGCAUUUAAAUCGACUAUCUCACUUAAAAUGCGGAAGAUACACAACUCUGGAACUUCUACUAACUGAUGCCAAUCCCUCUCGAUAGUUGAGCGUUAUUAGAUAUUUUUUUGGCAUUUCAUUAAACCUGCUUUUUAUUAUUAUUAAUUGAAUGACAAAUUACAUCGCAGGAAAAUCGCAGAUAUUUUAAUACUGUUACAUCAUUAAGAUUAAUCAAAUAUUUCUUGCAUAUGACUAAAUAUUUUAGUAUAAUCCAUACCCGAGUUUCACAUAGUAAACCUAUGCCUUUUGUGUUUAUUUCAAACACAAUGGUACUUAUUAUGUCGAU